GCAGUGUGUGUGACUAGUGCAGUCCGCCGGUCCUUUUUCAGAAGGAGGGACCUUAAUGUGUUUCGUCAGCAGCUGAUCAACUAUGGCUGGGCUGCAACCUCAGGAGGAUCCGUUGAAAAUGUCUUACAGAGAAAACUGGAAAGUGCAGCAUGAGAAGCUGCAUGUGAAGCACCGAGGUCAUGAGGCCAUGCAUGCCGAGAUGGUUCUGAUCCUCAUCGCUACGCUUGUGGUCGCUCAAAUCGUGCUUGUCCAGUGGAAACAGAGACACUGCAGAUCAUACAAUUUAGUGACGCUGCUGCAGAUGUGGGUGGUGCCUCUGUACUUCACCAUAAAGCUUUACUGGUGGCGGUUUUUGUCAACAUGGGGCAUGUUCUCUGUCAUCACCAGCUACGUCAUAUUCAGAGCAACAAGGAAACCUCUUUCUGGUAGAACACCCAGGAUGGUGUAUAAGUGGUUUCUCCUCAUUUACAAGCUGAGCUAUGCUGUAGGUGUGCUCGGUUACCUUGCCAUCAUGUUUACUAUGUUUGGAUUCAAUGUUUUCUUUAGGAUCAAAGCAGAGGACUCCAUGGACGUAGGCGUCAUCAUGCUGUUCUAUGGGCUGUACUAUGGAGUGAUGGGACGAGACUUUGCUGAAAUCUGCUCAGACUAUAUGGCAUCUACUAUUGGGUACUAUAACAUGGGUGGGAUGCCAUCUCGGAACCUGAGUCAUGAUAUAUGCGCUGUGUGUGGACAGAAGACGAUUGUCGACGUGGAUGAAGAGGGCAUCAUUGAGGACACCUACCAGCUCUCCUGCAAUCAUGUAUUUCAUGAAUUCUGUAUUCGUGGCUGGUGCAUUGUGGGAAAGAAGCAGACUUGUCCAUACUGCAACGAGAAGGUUGACCUCAAGAGAAUGAUGAACAACCCCUGGGAGAGAACACACGUUUUGUACGGACAGCUGUUGGAUUGGCUGAGGUACCUGGUUGCUUGGCAGCCAAUCAUAAUCGGCGUUGUGCAUGGGAUAAAUUUCUCACUCGGCCUUGAGUAAAGUUGGAAUACGUUGGAGUGUUUACUACUGGAAUAUUUCUUUGUAAUUUAGAAGCUUUAUGAAAUAGACCAUGGCUUUUAUACAUUAUAAUUUAUUUGAUACACACAAUGACAGCCACAUUAAUGGCCUCAGCUGUUCUCAGCACUCUGAAAAAUGAGUUACAGUGACUCAUAUGAAGACAUAUCUCUUGCACAUCAAAACUUUGUUACUGUAGUUUUUUCUGAGUGGUUCUUAUCACACCUAUCAGAGUUUUGCCUCAUGAAGCCAUCUUUUUCCUUUGUGACUGUAACUCUCAGUGCCAUUACAUACAGUAGAUAGUGUCAGUUGAUUUCUGAUGAUAACCACUGUUAAAAGUCUGUCAUUACGUAGUAUAUUUUGUCAUUUUUGAGGGAGUAUGGACCCUGUUGUCCUGUAGGCUGUUUUAUUCAGGUUGUGUAAGGAUGCAGCACUGCUAUUAUGAAAGUCUAGAUUUGACCAGUCUGGUGGGGCCAGAUGUGGUCUUGUAAUGAGAGUACACAUCUGGAGACAGCCAUAAAAGAUGCUCGCUCAAACAUGGAUGCCUGGAAUUAGGGGAGCCAAUUGAAAUAGCAAAUUGCUCUGCUGUACUUAGCAACUUGGCAACACUAUCCAACAAUAACACGCUUUUUAAAAAAGUAUACAUUAAAUAGCCUUUUCAUUAAACACAUCUGCACUAUCAGAUACACUUACCAUAUAGGUGCACUUUAUAGUUCUACAAUCACAGACUGUCAUCCAUCUGUUUCUCUGCAUCAUUUGUUAGCCCCCUUUGCCCUUUCAUCAGUGGUCAGGACCACCACAGAGCAAGUGUUAUUUGGGUGGUGGAUCAUUCUCAGCACUGCAGUGCCGCUGGAGUUUUUAAACACUCACUGUCCACUCAAUUAGAUGCUAUACAGUUUGUGUUAGUCUUCCUCUGGUCUUUUAUUUGUGGUCAGUUUCUGCUGCUGUUGGCCAGAUAUUUUUGGUUGGUGGACUAUUCUCAGUCCAGCAGUGACACUGAGGUGUUUAAAAACUUCUACUAGUGCAACACACACUAACACGUCACCACCCUGUCAGUAUCACUGCAGUGUUGGGAAUGACCCACCACCUAAAUAAUACCCUCUCUGUGGUGGUCCUGUGGGGGUCUUGAAUAUUAAAGAAUAGGGUAAAAGGAGUCAAACAAAGUAAGCAGAAAAAUAGAUGGACAGUCUGUAAUUGUAGAACUAUGAAUUCAACCAAUGUGGUAAGUGGAGCUGAUAAAAUGGACAGUGAGUGUAGAAACAAGGAGGUGUACUUAAUGAAGUGGCUUGUCAGUGCAGAUAUUAUACAGAUGUUAAUGACGGUUUAAGAUGGAAUUUUAACAAGUUGUCUCCAGACAUGGGGCACACCUCAUAUCUCUAAUUAUGUGGCCAGAUUUCCUUUCCAAGUAUCAUUUUUCUCGAGUUUUCGUUUCGGACACAAGGAAGAGAUGCCAAAAUGAGAUGUCCUUGAUUUAUCCCUUGUUACUGGGCUUAAUGAAUCUUCCAGUGACAGGGUUGCCCAGUCCUGAUCCUGGAGAUCUACCACCCUGGAGAGUUCAGAUCCUGAAGGCCUUCAUCACCUGCAUCAGGUGUGGAGCUGAACUCUGCAGGGUGGUAGGUCUCCAGGACCAGGAUUUGGGUACCCAUGGCCAACAGUAAUACUACACUAAUAUCUUAUCAGCUGACUUAUCAUACAGAAAUGCUUAGUUUGCCAAGUUUUGCAGUAUCGUCCCAUUAACACUCCUCUAUCCUUGAUUCCUCCACGCGCUUUUAAGUAACUGAUGUUUUUAAAUAUGGUAGACUUCUUUAAACAAUUCUGCAGGGCUAGAGGAGGUAGGAGAGAUAAUUGAAGGGGCAACAAUGAGAGUUGUGAGGACCUUCCAUGUACUCUUAUUACGAGGUCACACCUGGUCCUGUGAGUCUACACAAUGUAGUUAUGGCCAGUUACUGAUAAGUAACUGGAUUUUGGCAGUUUACAGUUGUGAAAGUUUCUAUAGUCUCUAUUCCUGGUUAUUUUCUUGUAGUUAGUCAUAAUUUGAAAUACUUCAUUUGAAUUAACGCAGUGUGGUGCAUAGUCUUCUUAUAAUAGAUUGAAAUAUUAUCUACAUCUUGGGAAGAAGAUCAUGUUUUGGCUUGUAAAAAUAUGAUUGCCGGCAAGACCCAACAUAAUUCAGAAAAUAUUAUCAAAAUAACCUCAGCUACACUUUACAAACGCUCCAUUCUCUUUGACUCCACUGUUUUGAGUGUGUUCUGGAAAUGAGUUGGGACUGAUUUUGUAGCGUUUCUGAAGUCGCAUGCGUUUUCUGUAUUUGCAGUGCAUUUGUAAGAUGUAGCAGUGGUGGAGCCAUUUUGAUGAAGGUGCUUUCUCAGAGUAUCUACAAAUUUGCAGUGCAUUUUAUUAUUUUUCAGAGUAUUUGUUAAAUGCAGCGCAUAUGUUGUCAUUUUGAUGAAAGUGUUUUCUGCGCUUGAAGCUCGUUUUUCAUUUUGCAAUUUGUUGGAUCUUGUCGGACACUGCAUUAAACACUGUGCACGAGGUCCACAGAUGUAGAAGGAUGUGAGAUUAGGGUUGUUUUAAUGGUUCUGAACUCUGAGCAUAAUAGUUUGUGUUAAAUUAGGUUUUACAGUAGGUGAAUGGCUAUUUUCCGUUAAUAAACUGUGAGAGAGAGGAAGCCUGCAAUUGCAGAAUAACUGACAAUGUGUGAAAAAACAGACUAUUAAAUUUGCACAAUUCUAGACAGCUUUGCUUGGCUGUUGCUGAUGUUGGCUUGUACAAGUGUUAUUAUUUCUGGUGUGAAAUGGAAAUUAAUUUUGGUAAACAGAGGUGAUUCAUAUUUAAGUAAUAGGAAAGUAUGUGUAUGUUUACAGUCAUAGGUUUGCACUUUAAGUUAGAUGUCAGCAGUUCAUUUUAAACUAUUUAAGGGAUACUCAAACGAUUUUGAAUUUUAUUUGUUCCAAAAAAAAGUGCCAUAUGUUUGUCUAUUUAUGUCAGUGUUUUAAAAUACAUGCACAUUAUUGAACUGUUAUUUGGUAUUAAUGUGUUUUGUGCAAUUUGUUCUGCUUAUUUAUCUUGGUUUUCAGGGGUUCAUCUGCCUGGUACUGUAAUUUAAAAUAAAAUUGUCAAUAAAGGAA